AUGCCAGAUUUUCUCAACUAUGCCAGGCUUGGAAUAUCUGCAAAUAGCAUACACCACUUUGAGAAAUUAGACGACGGUUGCUUGAUGGACGCUAGCAAUCUGACUACCUUAUACUUGUCCAAUAACGCGAUUUUCUACAUCUCCCCUCAGGCGCUGCGGGGUCUGAAGAAACUCCAGUUCCUCGAUUUGUCGUAUAAUGCCAUCGAGUAUAUUGCACCGGGAACAUUCAAAGAUAUAGAUGAAAUCACAACACUACGUCUCGAGUUCAACCAUCUGUACACGGUCUCAGCAGGAACUUUUGCCGGCCUCAAGAACCUUGAGUUCAUACACCUUGAAUACAACCGGAUUUCGAGCGUUGCUGUUGGAGCCUUUGAGGGCGCAGCGGCAGCAAGAACAGUUCAGAUAUCUGCCAACAACCUCGUCACCAUCAAACCUGGCAUAUUCAGAGGACUGAGUAGCGUGAAUGUUUUGACAUCUAUCGACAAGGACGUGUUUAAUCUGACUGAACUCACAUCGCAUAAAGUGACCGUUAAUCUAGGAGGUUGCAAAUUGGAUUGCCAAUGUGACAUUGACUGGCUUAACGAGGCUCCAUUUACUACUUUGUAUGCCUAUUGCGCAACUCCACCGGAACUGUCCACAAGCGCACUGCA